UUGAUCCUUGAUCUUUCAAAACAAAAUCAUUAUUUUCAACGGCAUGUGCAAUAACAACGUAUAGAUCGUUAAGUUGUAAAGUAAUUAACUUUGACACUCGUUGUUGUUUUAAUUAAAGGCCAAUUAAAUAAAUGUUUGUUUGUUUUUAAAUCCAUUGCUUCGUUUUUUAUGCCCGGCAUUAGUUUAGAUUGCGUAGCCGGUGGUUUUGUUUCCUGUUUUCUCCAUCUGACAGUGUUUUUGCGUCUCGAGUCCUGUCAUGUGCUUUCUUUAGACUUUAAACUCACAUUUCUUGACAAGCCAUAGACGUUAGUUUGAGUCAUUCAUUGUUAGCUGCGGGACGCGAGCAGUUUCAGACUCCUCCUAUAUUUUGACAGUUGCAAUUCAGUACUGUUUUUUUCCUUUGUAUAAUGUGUUUUCAAAAUUAGUACAUUUUUGCUAACUGUGUUAAUUUGAAUUUUCUACCUCAAUGGCACAAAUUCAGAGUGAAAAACAAGAUCAGAAAAAAUGCAAAAGACCAAAGCUGGAUCUGCAGUUUGUGCGGAGGCUCUGCCGCAUUCAGAAAAUCCUCUUCCCUUCUUGUUCCUCCCAGAAUGUGUUGAUGUUUGGGACCCUGCUUUUUGUUACUCUUCUGGCCCAGUUGAUCAUUUACCAGGUGGGUGUCAUUCCCAGCAAGUUCUAUGAGGUCCUGUCUGACAAGGAUCUCGCUGGCUUCAAAAACCUCACAUUGGUGGCCGUUCUUUUAAUCACAAUCAACUCCACAUUGAAGAGUCUGGACCAGUACAUCUCGAGUCUCAUGUAUGUAAACUGGAGGAAGAGCCUGACAGAACAUCUACACCAGUGUUACUUCCAAGGGAGAGUCUAUUACACCCUCAACAUGCUCAGAGAAGACAUUGAUAACCCAGACCAGCGAAUCAGCCAGGAUGCAGAGAGAUUCUGUAAGCAGAUGAGCACCAUGGCCAGCAAACUCCUCAUCUCUCCCUUUACUCUGGUGUACUACACUUAUCAGUGCUUUCACAGCACUGGCUGGAAAGGGCCCGUCAGUAUCUUCAUCUACUUCAUAAUCGGGACCGUUGUGAAUAAAGUGUUUAUGGGACCCAUCGUGUCGACUCUGGUUGAACAGGAAAAACUGGAGGGGGAUUUCAGGUUCAAACACAUGCAGAUCCGGGUCAAUGCAGAGUCCGUAGCAUUCUACAGGGCAGGAAAAGUGGAACACAUGCGGACCAACCAAAGGCUUCACACCCUCCUGACGACCCAGAGGAGCCUCAUGAACAAGGAGCUGUGGCUGUACAUUGGGGUGAACACGUUUGAUUACCUGGGGAGCAUCCUCAGUUUCAUGGUGAUCGCCAUUCCCAUUUUCGCUGGGGUCUACGACAAACUCACUCCUGGAGAACUCAGCGCUCUCAUUAGCAAGAAUGCCUUUGUUUCCAUUUACUUGAUAAGUUGCUUCAGCCAGCUGAUGGAUCUGUCUACAACCGUGUCUGACGUGGCUGGCUACACUCACAGGAUCGGAGAGCUGAUGGAGGUUAUGCAGGAGAUUGCCCGAAAGCAGUGUGACUACGAUCCCGUUUCAGGGGAAUCGUAUGACUUCGACAGCGACCUGGAGAUGCAGACGUGCUCUGCCGACACAGCGUUCACUCUCAAGCGACUGUCCUACAAAUCACCCUUUUCUGAUGAGCUGCUAGUCAAAGAUCUCAACCUGAAAAUCUCCCAGGGAAACAACCUGCUGGUGGUGGGGAACACAGGCACUGGGAAGACAUCCCUGCUGCGGGUCCUUAAUAGGCUCUGGGAGAGCACCAGCGGUUCUGUUGAGAUGUGGGCCUGCUUCGGACCUCGUGGGAUUCUGUUUCUCCCACAGAAGCCGUACUUCACAGACGGGACGCUACGAGAACAGGUGAUUUAUCCAUUGAAGAAGAUUUAUCCUGUCGCAGGAUCUGUGGAUGAUGAAAGAAUAAUGACAUUCUUAGAACUUGCUGGAGUGGCCAGCCUUUUAAAAAGGACAGGAGGGUUAGAUAAGAAGGUUGACUGGAACUGGCAUGAUGUUUUGUCGCCCGGUGAAAUGCAGAGGCUUUGUUUCGCUAGACUGUUUUACCUGCAGCCCAAAUACGCAGUUCUGGAUGAAGCGACGAGUGCGCUGACUGAGGAGGUACAGGACCAGAUGUACCGAGCCUGCAAACAGCUGGGGAUGACCUUAAUCAGCUUGGGACAUCGCAGCAGCCUGGAGAAGUAUCAUGACCUGAUGCUGAAGCUGUGUGGCAAUGGCCGAUGGGAACUUAUUAAAAUGAAAAAAGAGUAACCAAAGCAGUCUUGCAGCGAAUCCAUCAUUGAGAAGAGCAGAGAAACAGCAGAGCACAACACAGGAGUAUCAGCAUGCAAUCACAGAUCUGCCGUGGAACAGCAUCAGGUGUGAACAUGGAGCUCAGGACUCUCAUGGAAGACCCACAAUAGAACAAGCGAACCCUGCUGGAUUUUGUUUUUAGAUGGGCAAGCCAUAAUAAUGAGCUUUUAAUAAACCCAAACACAUAUAUACAGUAAAAUGGGUCUAAUCCGGCAUUUCUUGGGACUGGAAAAUUGUGUCGGAUUGUACAGUGUGCUGGUUUACAGCUGUAUAAAUUCACAGUAUUCUGUUUUUUUGGAGCUGAAAAUCAUGUGCAAGUGUAAAAGAUGCUGGCUUGCUGGUUUAGCAAUCCAAUAUUCUUUAUUAAAAAGUUUUAAAAUCUU